CCCUACCCCCUUCGUAAUGGCAAUUCUAUUAGGAGCCCCUCCAGGCUCAUUGCUGUAUAUCUGGAUGAUGGAAAUACAGGCAUUUUGGGUAUUUGUUCUUGGGUUAAAUGCCCUCCACCCUUAAAGGCUGACUUUCCCAGCCGCCUUUUAUUGUGUCUAAUCAGAUUUUUGGUUUUAAGUCACUAACGACCUCCUGGCUAUCUCCGUGCCAACCAGCUGGCUGGGUGUCCUCUGUGUCUCGCGCUGGGCUCUUCCUAAAUCCUCUAAUCGGAUCAGGCCCGCUGCCCUCCCAAGGGGCCGCUAACUGGGGGCGUCUCAGCGAAGCCAGUGGCCGCUUUGCUGCCUUUAACAGGCGGGGGGGGGGGGUGCAACUGCUCUGGAGGACCCUCUCCUGCAGUGACUGAUGGUGUCCUCACCUGUCAGAGCUGAAGGCCGGUGAGGGGGGGUAUUCGAGGACUAAUGAGCCUUGAGCCUGCGGAAUGACUCGGGUCUCAACCUUCCCAAGCGUGACUGAAAAAUGGUGUCAUGGUUACGAGACAGGGCAGGCGCGUGAGGCAGGUAAAUAGCGGGGAUUAAGGUCCCUCUCAGGGAGGGGUUGGGGUGGGAGGCGACUGAGAAAUUCCUUUAAAGACAUUUUGCUGAGCGCAGGAAACUGCCUUCCCUGACAGUCCGCCCCAGCCAAUGAUACCUCCUGGAUGAUUCCUAAUGGCAGGCCCCAGCCAAUGAUACCUCCUGGAUGAUUCCUAAUGGCAGGCCCUGGCCAAUGAUGCCCCCUGGAUGAUUCCUAAUGGCAGGCCCCAGCCAAUGAUACCUCCUGGAUGAUUCCUAAUGGCAGGCCCCAGCCAAUGAUACCUCCUGGAUGAUUCCUAAUGGCAGGCCCCGGCCAAUGAUACCUCCUGGAUGAUUCCUAAUGGCAGGCCCUGGCCAAUGAUGCCCCCUGGAUGAUUCCUAAUGGCAGGCCCCAGCCAAUGAUACCUCCUGGAUGAUUCCUAAUGGCAGGCCCCAGCCAAUGAUACCUCCUGGAUGAUUCCUAAUGGCAGGCCCCAGCCAAUGAUACCUCCUGGAUGAUUCCUAAUGGCAGGCCCCAGCCAAUGAUACCUCCUGGAUGAUUCCUAAUGGCAGGCCCCAGCCAAUGAUACCUCCUGGAUGAUUCCUAAUGGCAGGCCCUGGCCAAUGAUGCCCCCUGGAUGAUUCCUAAUGGCAGGCCCUGGCCAAUGAUGCCCCCUGGAUGAUUCCUGAUUGCCCAGCCCAGCUGACGACACCUGCUGGAUAAUUUGUGAUGGCCCGGCCAGCAAUGCCCGCUGGGUGAUUCUUGCCAUCCUGUGGUAGAAAUGUGAAGCAGGACUAGCAGGAUGUAGUGGCCGUCUGACAGCGACACAGACCCAUGUGUUCAUUGCUCCCUCAGAAUCUCUGGAAAUUGACAUGACAGUGACCCCCCUCCCCCCACUGACAACAAGGUUUGUGGUAUUAAUCCAUCCUUUCUCUGUUCCAUAUGUGUUCUCAGAGCUUGGAAGUCUGGGAUUCUGAAUUUGUGGACGUAUGGGCACCUCUUGGUCUGUUUUCCCGGUGUGUGUGGGCCAGUUGGUGGGGCUAACAGGAUUACCACAGUUUGUCUUAAGCUGCUUAAUCCAUUGGGCUGGGUCAGGCUGGCCUGUGACCUGUGAGGGAGAAGCUGUUACUCGCUGUAGGUGGGACCGCUCACAUAAUUUAAGGUGGAAUGAACAGACCAAAGUCUGCAGCCAGUCCAGCACUAUGCUGAUGCACAGUCACCAUGACUUGAAGCUUUGAGGUCCAGUUCUGUUCAGUUCUGUCCAUCCUCCUUGUCCCGGCCAGUUGCUCACUACGUCUCGGUCACCAAGGAUUUGGGGCAGGUAGAGGUGGGUACACUGAAGAACCGGGAAGGUGUUUAGAUGCCAGCCUGUAGACACCUCGUGAGCAGGGACAACGUGGCCAAGUAGGCACGACUGGCCUGAAGAGCGUGAGAAAGGCGACACAGGUAUGGAUUCCGUGGUGAAGAGGACCCUGGCCGCCCCCAUCAAGCACCUCACGAGCUGUGUGUCCAGGGCCGAGGAGGGUGGUGAUGAGAGUAGAGCGAGGAGCACCCCUAUGGGGAGCAGCCUGGGUGCCCUGACACCGGCCCAGAUGCGAUCCUAUCAGGCUGAUUUGGAGAAGGAGAGAAAACUGCGGGCAGCCAGGAAUGUGCAGAGGAAUGCGGAGCGUGCUGCGCUGAGGGCCCACUACCGGAGCAAGUACCGCCUGGCCGAGAGUCAGAAGGAUAUGAACCACUUUAAGGCGGCAGGGGGAAAAGUGGCCCUCCCCCGUGACCUGGCCGCAAUGGUGCGGCCUGGAGGCCCCACCAGACACAAUGGGUACGAUCUGUCUGGCGCCUUGCGCCGCCUCAUUCCGAAUGUGGGAAUGCGGCCAGGCAGCCCACAGACACCAACACCAACCGCAGAGCAGUGCAGAGUCAUGUGAGGUGCUUCUGUGAGCUUAUUACAUGUUAACUGCUAAUUUGCUAUGUGAUGUAGGUAAACAGAAAAUGCCGUUGCUAGUGUCUGAACCCUCCCUAAGUGUCACAGCUAAAAAAUACUGCUCCUCUAGCACGUGACUGCAAAAAUGUGAAGGGUGCAGUAAGCUUGUCACUGGGUAGGGGGCGCCGUGACUCAUCGCAUUCCGGCCUGGGUUCUUCAGCUGCCAAGAGUGUGUCGUGAUCACAUGAGUCCCGCUGCCGCGUCGAUCUGUCUGUUGAGUACGCCUCUGUUGCCAGAAUGCUUCGUGUUUUCAUUUUAGUGCAGGUGCCGGGUAAUGAUAUGAAAUGCACCGUCUAGCAGGUUGAUCACCCCAUCAGGCUUUGCUGGAACGCUUCUGGACUUUUCCAUCCGUGUGACGUGGUCUGUGAUCACACAGACACACACGUCAUUUCCCUCCCCGGAUAAUUAGCACACUGAGAAUUCUUAGUGUGCCCUCUGGUUCAAUUCAAAAGGUGCCCCUUUCCCUGAGGGCUGAUUUUCUGCAUUCUGAACACUGCCGUCAAGGUUUGCCACCUUGUCACCUCUAGUAUGGAUGUACACCAUUCCAUUUGUCUCUUUGUGAUGGUUUCACUGUGGACAUACUGGCCGUGUUGUUGAAUGUUGUAAUUCCCAGUGACCCUUGAGAUAUUCCCAGUGUUUU